CCAACAUCGUCUUCAUAAAACCAACUUCAGCACAUCCAAAGUACUGAGCUCUUGCGACGUCCAUCUUACACAAGUAUCUAUUUAUAGCUAGAUAUGGGCACGGAUAUUGACGUACUGACAGCCACUGCUGAGGAGCUCCAGCAAUUGCUGAGCUCAUCUGCCGAGGUCACUAGCAAGCAUCUCGUCCAAAAAUAUCUCUCACAGAUCAAGCGCCACAAUGACUAUCUUAAAGCAGUAAUCAGCAUAGCUCCCGAAUCGCUCCUCUUAAAGAGAGCUGGCAUGCUGGAUGAGGAGAGAAAAAAUGGCAGGCUUAGGAGUCCACUUCACGGCAUCCCCAUCCUCAUCAAAGACAACAUUGCAACCCACUACGGUUCAACUGGCCUUGAUACGACGGCUGGUAGUUUAGCACUAGCCUACUCGAACCCGCGGAUCAAUGCACCUGUUGUAGAUCGGAUGCUGGAAGCAGGACUCAUUGUCAUAGGCAAAGCUAGCCUGUCGGAGCUAUCUUGGUGGAAAGGUAAAAAUUUAAUCUGCGGAUGGAACGCGGUUAGCGGACAGGCUCAGUCUCCUUAUGUAAAGGGAGGUAUUCGUCCAGAUGAUUCAUUUGCUGGCCAUAGUAACCCGGGCGGGUCUUCAUCCGGCUCUGCGAUUGCAGUCGCGGCAGGGUUUGCUCCAGUUAGCAUUGGUACCGAGACAUUUGGAUCGCUAAUGUUGCCUGCUGGCCGAGCUGCCUUAUAUUCAAUUAAACCUGGUCGCUCGCUCAUCUCUCUUACGGGUAUUGUUCCCAUUUCUAGCUUUUCUGAUCAGCCAGGCCCUAUGACAAAGACCACCAAAGACUUGGCUAUGCUGAUGGACAUCAUCACCGAUCCCGGUAACGUUCCGCCGGGCGGCUACGCCUCACGGGUAACAGGCUCGUGGGACGGCCUCAAGGUUGGGACAGUGGACCCGGAAAUAUGGAAGUAUACUCCGGACGUUCGAAAGAUCCUUGAUGAAGGCAUGGAGAAGCAGCUAAUCGAUCAAGUUCGAUAUGCGUAUGAAGUUAUCAAGAAGCACGCACCGGUGUUUAAAGAUAAUGUCUUCUUGAAUUUUGCUGAAACAUUUUUUGUUGAUGGCGAAGAAAUUUUACUCAAGAUAUUCGAGAAGGGUUUUAAAGAGGAGCUUGAGAAUUAUAUCAAACUCCUGGACACCCCUCAGAUCAAAACGUUGGGCGAGCUGAUUGCUUUCAACAAGGCGCAUGCUGAUAAAGAGCUUCCUCCGGGAAACGAUAACCAGGAUGUGCUUGAACUCUGCGAAAAGACUAACGUGACUUCAAAAGACUGUGCGUCUUAUGUUUCCCAUUUGACUAAAUUCGGUCGCGAUCAAGGCGUCGACAAGAUAUUUAAAGAACACGGUCUUAACAUCAUAAUGGGGCCACUCGAAUCACCGUUGUAUUACUUUGCUGCGGCCUGCGGCUAUCCUGUGGCUGCUAUGCCGCUCGGCUAUCUUGACCAUAACGGACGACCUCAUGGGCUUUGUGCGGUUGCCAAAGAGGAGGGCCUUCUAAUCCAACUUCAGAGUGCUUUUGAGAGAACCUUUCCCCCGCGAAAGCCGCCGAGUUUGUGAGCUGAAAGUAGAUGAUGUAUCGUAACUUGAUCUGCUUCUGUACUGAAUUGACAUAUUUAUAUGUCUGUUAGUUAUGUACUGUGAAUCUAAGUAGAUCUCAUGGCCACAAAUAUGAUGCAUCGUUACACUCCGU